AUGUAUCGGCUCAUGGUUCCGCACAAAACAGCAAAAUGGGCCUCUGCAAGUGCUCCGAGAGCAUUCCGGAACGCAUUCCGGCGAUGUAGCACUCAAGAGGGUGAGGCUGCUGCGGCAUCCCGCACGGGUAAAUCAACAGUCGGAGACACUUCAGCUGGAUGCCAACAGACGGGACCUCAACGCAAGGAUUGGCGUACAGGAAAAGAGGUUGUGUACGUCAAGGGUGUGCCAGUGAAGGGACCGCUACGGAAGUUACCACGCAAAGAACAAAUACUUGUGUGCGUUAUCUUCUCCAUAACGGGGAGCGCUGCGGUGUAUUUUGUUCGACCAGUCAUAAGGAAUUGUGUAACCAAUGGGUUUCUCGGCCUCCCGGAGGACAGCAGUUGGUCAAAUGGGCCGUGGCUUUAUCGAUUAUUGUACGUGUCAAUCAUGUACCCAUCUUACUCCUUUCUGUUGUUUGUUAUUGGCUCCCUAUUCGGACGCCGUGUGUGGUUUUCCUUCAUGAUCCACAAAAUGUGGUCACGUUUCUUGCCAAAGAAGGCCGCAAAACGACUCAAACACAUGCUUGAUUUGCAACAUUACUAA